CGGAACCGGAUGUAGCUUGGUGCUCCGCGGCGGAGCGCGGGGAAAUGGCCACGGGGACAGACCAGGUGGUGGGACUCGGCCUCGUCGCCAUUAGCCUGAUCAUCUUCACCUACUACACCACCUGGGUGAUUCUCUUGCCAUUCAUCGACAGCCAGCAUGUCAUCCACAAGUACUUCCUGCCCCGAGCUUAUGCCGUUGCCAUCCCACUAGUUGCUGGCCUCCUGCUGCUCCUGUUUGUGGGAGUGUUCAUCACCUACGUGAUGCUGAAGAACCAGAAGGUGACCAAGAAGGCUCAGUGAGGGCCACGCGGGAAUGAGGCACCGGCCGACCCCUUCUCUGCCUCCCCUCCAGGGCACACCGAGGGCGGGGCCCUCAGGACCUGUCCGCACACUGCAGCCCCCGAGCAUCGCUGCCCUGCAGAUGCCCCCGGGGGAGCAGCCUUUCAGGACUCACUCCUGACUGACCAGAGCCCCCACUCCUCUCCUGCUCCCCCUUCCAGAGCCAGGAGGGGGUACCUGGAAGUCUCCCUCUCGCCCCUUCUGGGUCAGGGUCUGAAAGAUGCUGGUCCCCGCUACCUCACCUUCAGACCCCCCCAUCACUUUUUCUUCUGGGUUCUGCCCUCUUCCCUCAGUUUCCCUCCUGUCACUUGCUGAUGUUGGGAUUGGCAGGUUCUGAGACAUCACGCGGCUUCCCCCCAUGUCCUUUUCCUCCAUGAAGAUGGCUCUCUCGGGUCUGGCGUGGCCACCGGGCUUCUGGACCUGGAAAGCCCAGGGACGGGGGAGGGGGGUGGGACUGACAGGCCUCGGGACCAGCACCAGGGCACAUUACUACGGUCACAGCGGGCCCCCCGACCCGCUUCUCACGGAGGCCCAGCCCCUCGGCCCUAGCGCUGGCCUACUGGGGAGAGCUGGACAAUAAACGUUG